CAGACCUUAAUAAUGUGAUGGUAAGUUUCCAAAAACUCGACUAUGCAACACUCAAAGCCGAGGAAUCACACUAUUUUUGCUAAACAAAGCUUAGGAGGGCUGAUGUACCCAUUUUGAGAGGACAAAAAUGAUGAAUUUAUCAGCCCUCCAUGAUUUUAUUUGUCUCUAAACACAAAGAAGUAUGCAUAAAUUCCAUCGUUUGCUUGCCCACUCCCAUAACUAGCCUUUACCAUAGAUGGCAAUUUCGAUUCUGAAUGACCAAAUAGUCUCAAAAAUAGAGAAAAUGAUUCAGUACCAGGACUACCUGCUUGGCUACAAAAACUCUGAUCCCAAAUAAAGCAAGUGUGUUCCUCCAAGGAAAGCUUGCCUUCCUAGAGUUUUGGAAGAAAGAUUAUGAGUCAUUCUGUGACCAAAUCUAUAAGCUAAGUGAAGAAAAUAAAUUAGAAAGCCAAUAUUGCGAAGGCGAUUGCGAAGAGAAUGAUAAUAAAGACAAAUCUCAAGAACAUCCAGAGUUUGAACCUAUUAUUGAAGAAGGAGAUUCUAUUGCCACCAGUUCGGAUUAUAGCCCCAUGGACCGUAUCGAGACUGAACCGGUAAAGAAGAAACGAGAAACCCUCAGCUCACUCUUCAGAAGGUCUAAAAUGAGUAAACGGGGCUGUAAGAGUAACACAAGUUUUGGUCCAACUAGUUCAAGCGAAUCUGAGAGUAUUGAUAUUAAUCAACUCAGUCAAUCUUCAGAAUCAGAAAGCAGUAUUAUCAAAGAAGACACCUCUGAGUCUCGAUCAAGUGCGAGCCACAACUAUGUAGCUGGAGAAAUUGAAGAAGGAAUACAUUUCACAAUGUCUUCAGGAACUCUCGAGGGCCAAGAUACUUUUGAAUCCAAGCCGUCUCAGACUACUUACAUCGACUCGAAUGAAGAAUUCAGGUAUUCAGACAGGGACAUCCUGCCCACACCUCUGAACUUGGAAUUAUAGUAAAAAAAAUGAACAAAUUCGAAGACAAAAAAGCUACAAUAACAAGAAAUAAUUAUGUAGAGCCUGACUCCUGCCGAGACAAUGUAACAAACCGGAAUUUGCAGGACCUCAGUGCUACCAGGCAGUUCAAUACCACGAAGAAACUGACCCAGAAACAAGUUUGGACAGAAAGAAAUAUAAACCCCUUAGAAGUCUGAACAAUGACCUCUAAAAUCGGAAGCGAAAGGUCUGGAUACAAGUUCCUAAGCGAUGAUAACUCCACAUUCAGAGGAGGCAACCCCAGUAGUAAUAAGAAGAAUGCCACUCUUGAAGAGAUCAAAGGAAUUAUUCAAAAUCAGUCAAACCUCAGCCCUGAUUUGGAAAAUUACUGAGAUAAGAUUUCAAAGAUGAUGCACUUAAUGACGGAUUCUGACGACAAGAGCGCUAUUGACCCUACAGACAAAGAGAACCUAGGGCUCAACUUCGACUUUUAGGAUCCCAUCCU